AUGCCUGAAUCUGUCAGCAAGGAGGAGAUUACCUCCAAGAACGAUCCAUCCGUCACCAAGCAAUACGAUAGAGAAACUCCAAAGGACCAACAGUGGGAGGAAUUCUACAAGUUCGUUGAUGGUGAAAAAGUCACCAUGCUCAACACAUACCGUAAAGGAACUGGUCCUGUCGGUCGCUCAAUGGCUAUUGCCAAGCGCGCAGGUCCUGAUAUCCUCUAUCUUGCCAACAACAACAGCAAGAAGUUCGAUGAUCUCUCCGAGAACAAGGAAGUUCAGAUUAUCAUCCAGGACACAAAGACUCAGGACUGGGCCAGCAUCACUGGUGAGGCUGUAACAACUGCAAACGACGAUCCACGAAUUAAGGACUUGUAUACCUCGACCAUCUCUGCUUGGUUUGGUGACUUGGGCGAUGGCGUGCACGACGGCACAUACAAAGACCCUCGUAUGUCGAUUAUCGAGGUCAAGUCCAAGUACAUCGUACAUUGGAAGAAGGAUGUCAGUACUCUGGGCUUCAUCAAAGAGGUUGGACAAGCCGCCAUCACUGGUCAGGUUGCUCAAACUGGCUCACAUCGCGAUUUUACCGAGCAAGACAUUUCACAGCAGAGAGCGUAA